AUGUCUGUUCUUUCAACAACAUCAAAAAGUAGUCAUCAGACAAGAAGAACCUCCGGAAGGGUGCAACAACGUAUAGAACAAUUAGAAAACAAUGUCACCAUCGAUAUUAAUAAUACAAUUCAAUCAAAACCAAUUCCAAUAACCAGACCAAUUUCCACAACAAGUACUUCUCAUUCAAGGUUGAAGCAAUCAACAAUUACUUCAUCAGUAAACACACCAACCUCCACUUCAUCUCUACCACGAAGGAGUAGAACAAAAUCGAAAAUGGAAAUUUUCGAAGAUGUUUACGAACAAUUAGAACAAUUGGAUGAAUUAUAUUUUGAAAAUAUGUCGAUUGAUGAUUGUACAAUAUCAUCAUCACCAGUUAUUCAAUUUGAUAACAGCUCCUCAGAAUCGGCUGUAAUUCCAAAUUUACAUGUCCGAAUGAAUAGUUUAAUGUCUCGUCAGGAAUACGAAACAAAACGAGAAUUGAUUUGUCAACAAUAUUAUAAUGCAGAUAGUGAUAAUGAUGAUUUUGUGGACUCUAAAGUAGAUAAUAUUUCAGAACAUAUUUCAAUUGAAAAACAAUUGAAUCAAUAUUUGGAUCCAAAUUUGCACAAAUUUUCAUACUUGGAACUGAAAAACAAAUUUCCCAAAGGUGUAAAGGAAUCUGAAAAAGAGAAAUACCUAUCAGAUGAUGAAUUUUUCACAAUAUUUGGCAUGACUCAAACUCAAUUUCAAUCUCUUGGUGAGUACAAGAGAAGAAGACUGAAAAUUGAUAAAGGAUUAUUUUAA